CCGAGGCCAUGUUCCCCGUGUUCCCUUGCACGCUGCUGGCCCCCCCCUUCCCCGUGCUGGGCCUGGACUCCCGGGGGGUGGGCGGCCUCAUGAACUCCUUCCCGCCACCUCAGGGUCACGCCCAGAACCCCCUGCAGGUCGGGGCUGAGCUCCAGUCCCGCUUCUUUGCCUCCCAGGGCUGCGCCCAGAGUCCAUUCCAGGCCGCGCCGGCGCCCCCACCCACGCCCCAGCCCCCGGCGGCCGAGCCCCUCCAGGUGGACUUGCUCCCGGUUCUCGCCGCCGCCCAGGAGUCGGCCGCCGCCGCGGCCGCCGCCGCAGCUGCCGCCGCCGCCGCCGCCGUCGCUGCUGCGCCCCCGGCCCCGGCCGCCGCCUCCACAGUGGACACAGCGGCUCUGAAGCAGCCGCCGGCGCCCCCGCCGCCGCCCCCGCCGGUGUCGGCGCCCGCUGCCGAGGCCGCGCCCCCUGUCUCUGCCGCCACCAUCGCCGCAGCCGCGGCCACCGCCGUCGUAGCCCCAACCUCGACGGUCGCCGUGGCCCCGGUCGCAUCUGCCUUGGAGAAGAAAACAAAGAGCAAGGGGCCCUACAUCUGCGCCCUGUGCGCCAAGGAGUUCAAGAACGGCUACAACCUCCGGAGGCACGAGGCCAUCCACACGGGAGCCAAGGCCGGCCGGGUCCCCUCGGGUGCUAUGAAGAUGCCCACCAUGGUGCCCCUGAGCCUCCUGAGCGUGCCCCAGCUGAGCGGAGCCGGCGGGGGAGGGGGAGAAGCGGGUGCGGGCGGCGGAGCGGCCGCCGUGGCCGCGGGUGGCGUGGUGACCACGACCGCCUCGGGAAAGCGCAUCCGGAAGAACCACGCCUGUGAGAUGUGCGGCAAGGCCUUCCGCGACGUCUACCACCUGAACCGACACAAGCUGUCGCACUCGGACGAGAAGCCCUACCAGUGCCCGGUGUGCCAGCAGCGCUUCAAGCGCAAGGACCGCAUGAGCUACCACGUGCGCUCACAUGACGGCGCUGUGCACAAGCCCUACAACUGCUCCCACUGUGGCAAGAGCUUCUCCCGGCCGGAUCACCUCAACAGUCACGUCAGACAAGUGCACUCAACAGAACGGCCCUUCAAAUGUGAGAAAUGUGAGGCAGCUUUUGCUACGAAGGAUCGACUGCGGGCGCACACAGUACGACACGAGGAGAAGGUGCCAUGUCAUGUGUGUGGCAAGAUGCUGAGCUCGGCUUAUAUUUCGGACCACAUGAAGGUGCACAGCCAGGGCCCUCACCAUGUCUGUGAGCUCUGCAACAAAGGUACCGGUGAGGUCUGUCCUAUGGCGGCGGCGGCGGCGGCGGCUGCAGCGGCGGCGGCGGCAGCAGCGGUGGCAGCUCCCCCGACAGCUGUGGGCUCCCUCUCGGGGGCCGAGGGGGUGCCCGUGAGCUCUCAGCCACUUCCCUCUCAGCCCUGGUGAGCUCCAGGUUGGUGGCGGGGAGAGCGGAAAGUGGAGGAAAGUCCCUUGGUACCGUCUCCUCUUCCCCUCUCUUCCCACCAACUCCUCACUACUUCCCCACCAACCAAGGAGCCUCCAGAAGGAAAGGAGGAAGAGAUGUUUCUUAGGGGAAUUCGCUAGGUUUUAACGAUUUGUUUCUCCUGCUCCUCUCUUCUCCCUGUCAGACCUGACCCCACACAAACACCUGUCCCCUCGGUUGUGUUGAAGCCCCCUGGACAGUGGGCAGGGGUGGCAGAGGACAGGAGUGGCCACUGCCCUCACCCCCUCUCCUCUCUGUAACCCCCUGCCCUGCCCUUCCAGGGAUCUGUGAGCCUUCUCCUUGAUGGUCCUUGCUCUCCUCCUUCCAUCUCCCCCCACCCCCCACUACUGUCUGCUGCCCCUCCCUGGGGAGUUGGUGUUUUUUUUUUUUUUUUUUUUUUUUUUUUUUUUU